UGUAUGUUGUUUUCACUAGCAUGUCGCGCCCAAACUUCCUCAUUUCAUAUCAUAACAGGGCUUCAUGAUUUAGGAUUAAAUGAGCUAAUGAUGUUCUAUAUUAUGGAGUGAUUAUUUCAGAUUUCAUUAUCAAAAAUGGGUUAUUGGUUCAAUUUAAGACUCGAUUCAUUGUUUCUGACGAGUUCUGGCAGUGUAGGAAAUGUGAUCUGGAUGUUGAUUGCUGUUUUUACUAAAUCCUGUUGGAGUUUUAACAUUGAUGUUACACGACCUCUUGUCUAUAAGGGCAAUAAUGGAACUAAUUUCGGAGCUGCCGUGGAUUUAUUAAAUAAUACUGAUGGAAAAUGGCUCUUAGUUGGUGCACCACUUGAUUCAUUAUCCUAUGCAAAAAAUUACAGUCAGACAGGCAACGUGUUUCUGUGUCCUGUACAAGUCCAGAUAAAAUUAACAAAUCUCACUAAUUGCACAGAAAUAGGACUAACAGACUUAAGGAAAAUUGUUUCUCAUGAAUCCAGACUGGGCGCAAGUUUAAUGGUUUUAGACGAUACUACUCUCGUUUGUGCCCCAGGAUUUAAAAAUGUAUACAAGCAAAAUGCCACUUCCGGUGCAUGCGUAUACUUUAAGAAUAAUGACAUUUCUGAUAUAUCCGGUCUGCUUAUUCGAAUUACAAAUAAUGACUCGAAGUUCUCCUGGUCCAUGUUUGGAUUUUCCAUGGCGCCUGGAAUAAAUGAAACAUUUCCUUACACUGUUGGUGGGCCAAACAGCGGACAUCAAGACGACUCCCAUAACGAUGCAGAGGGUGGACUGGCCACUUUUACUACGUCCAGUCGAGGAUUAACGAGCCGAUUUGUAGCAGGAACGACCUCCAUUCAACCAGGAUCAUAUUUUGGUUUUUCCCUGGAUAGUGGAUUGUUCGAUGGAGAUAAAUUCUAUUAUGUCGCGGGAAGACCGGGUUUUGCCAACAAAGCAGGGAAUAUCGGAAAUGUAGAGAUUCUGGAAUUUUUCGAAGCUGGUAAAAAGACUACAAAGAAGCUUAUAGCUGGCAAACAGCUUGGUGGUGGAUUUGGUUAUUCUGUGUGUGUGGCGGACGUAAAUGGAGACAGCAUAGACGACGUUCUAAUUGGUGCCCCUUUGGAGUAUAUCAAUCAGUCAAGUGGAAGCAUUAUCGUGGAUAGUGGUUCUGUUUAUAUUUACCUCGGAACUGGGUCCUCUGACAUCAUCAAAGACAAUCAUUUAAGGAUUUCUGGGAUGAGCAAACCGUGGGCCCGAUUUGGAACUGCCAUCAUCGACCUCAGAGAUAUUUCAAACGAUGGAAUAUCGGAUAUUGCAAUCGGAGCACCUUUUGAAGAUGACCAUAGAGGGACCGUGUACAUAUACAAUGGAAAAAGUGGAAACUUCACUGACCCUUGGGAUUAUUCACAAAGAAUUUCGCCGGAUGAUUUAAAUUUAGGAAUCCGCGCUUUUGGCUUUUCUUUAUCCAGAUCUCAUGUAGAUAUUGACGACAACUUAUAUACAGAUUUGGCUGUCUCUGGAUAUAAAACAGACCAAGUGGUCAUUCUUCGGACACGUCCAGUAGUUCACGUUGAAGUAGAUAUAAUCUCCACUCCAGAAAGUAUCCCUAUCAAUUCUACUGGCUAUGAAUGUAAUGACGGCAAUGACUAUCCAUGCGUGACACUACAUUUACGGUUCCGUGUGACCGGAAAAGGAAUAGAAAAUGGCGUCUAUAUGAACUACACUUUAUUAAGUGAUGAAUUCUCCGACACCACAAGAUUUUUUCUUCGACGGAAUAACAGUGUUAUAGGGAAUUUUAACAAUUCACAGGAAUCUCAAAUGGUUUUGUUAAAGCCAAACACGAAGACAAUCAUUAAUAUUAACUUGACAGCAGAUGCCAUCGACUGGAGGUUUUUCCAAUCCCUUACAGACCCAGUAAGUGUCCAUUUGAUGUUUUCUCUAGCUGACAUAACAGUGAAUGAGGAAGUCCCACCUAUUCUACAUUCAGACGUGAUAACUAGCCGCUAUAAGACGCUAGAAAUCAAUACAAAUUGUUCCUCUUAUCCCUGCAAGCCAGAUUAUGUAGCACAUUUGCGCUCAGUGGAAAGCAAUAUGACAUUGCAAAGAAACCAAGAACUAGAGUUUCUGAUGUACUUAACAAAUGCUGGAGACCCGGCGUAUAAAACAGAUUUUUACAUAGAAACCUUCCCUAAGAUGGAUUUUUAUAGAAUUACAGAAGGAACUAAGGACCUCAAAUGCACUGUUCUCUACUUUGGUGUAUUGCACUGUAUUGUACACUCAGUGACUCGUAGAGAAAGGUUCUAUGCACAUCAAAGAUAUAAGUUUAUGUUAAAAUUCUUCGUUGACCCUGACGCAGCUGUGGCUAGGAAGUCGGACCACGUAAAAAUUGAAGUUAUUUUCAAUUCAACAAUGGAAGAUGAAAUUAUGCCACCUAAAACGUUUGAGAUGAUAAGUUAUUUUAACCUUCAUUCAGAUGUAAGGGUCAUUGGAGGAUCAGACCUAUCGGACCUAAUCAUAGCCUCCACAUCCCAGACCGUAUUUAAAUACUCCGUAACAUAUGACAUCCACAAUGAAGGACCUAGUCCACUUGGUGCAAAUCUUAACAUAACCAUAGCUAGCAGCAAAGGCAACAAUAAAAUUCUUAAGGAUAUAACGGUCAACAGAGGAAAUUGUACAGCAGAAAUGAAAAUCGACAUAAUACGUUUAGGAGAAGCUGGCAAUUUGAUAUCACAACCUCUGAAAGAUAACGUAAAGGAGGAAACUUCAACUGAUAUUCUUUGUGGUCUUCCUGGAAUCAGUUGCACUUACUUGAUUUGUGAUCUUGGAUUCAUUAAAGCAACAGAGUUUGAGAGUGUAGAACUAACGAUGGAUCUUGAUUCCAACUCAUUCUCAAAUAUUCUUAAGGACUUAAAUACUAACGCCGCACAAUUUGUCACCCCAGGAGAGCUUCGUUUGUACAACAACAAAAUACCAGCCUCUAUAAAUGUUACAGAUAAAGGAAAGGUAGCAUUGAGAGUCUCAUUGGGCUCCACUGGUGUGACGUCAUCUGACCUACUUUGGUACGCUGUUGGGGGCAGUGUUGGAGGAUUCUUGUUUCUUGUUAUUAUUGCACUUAUUCUAUGGAAGUGUGGGUUCUUUAACCGGAAAAAAAGGGGAGAAAUCGACAGAGCCAAAAGGCAGUCCCAGAUGAAACAGAGGCAGAGUAGAAUGAUGUCACAAUUUGUCAGUAAGGAGCUGAACAAAGGUCACGAGUCAUCAAUCAAUGGUACUGACAGAGGCUCCCAAGGGUUUAGACAAAGUACAAAGAAAGACUAUCCGGAUUUAGAUGUCCAAGACAGAUAACAGAAAAAAAAUGGUUUUAAGUUUUCUAAUCUUAGAUGUUCUCUGUUUUCAUGAGAGUAUCUUCAAAUUCGAAAUGUACUCACAUUUCGUUGAUAGUACUCAAUGAGGCAAACUGGAAAGGAAAUUUUACAUUCCUUUCAUCACCGGUGAAUGACUUUUUUUAACCAGAGAGUGUGUGUGAGAGGUGACAAAUGUUUGUGAUAUGUGUAGAAUGUGCUAAUGGAGUCCAUAAUUCAUACUUUCAUUUGUUUCCAUUUUGAUGGAACAAAUCAUCUUAUAUUUAGAGGAAAAAUAAAUCAUGAAACAGUUGUUACAACAACAAUUAAAAAAUGCAUAAAUGGGUCUGCAGAUGACGUACAAUGAAGCAAAAAAUUAUAAAGAAUAAGUGAAAUAUAAUCUGUUUUAUCUGAAAAGUUAACGAAUGUACAUGUAAAGGAAGAUAAUUAUGUAUGCAUUGACAUGUAAACAGAAAGAGAAUGGCAUUUUGUAUGCAUUUGACCAUUAUUUCUACCAGUUUUUGAUUGCAAUUUUUUUAAAAGCAUGGCGAGAUUUUUUUUUAUUUCAUUACGGUCAGAAAUACUCUAUUAGAUGAUCUGCAGCUGAACAUUUUUACAGUGGAGAGAAAUCCUUGGAUAAAAUGUGCAGUGGUAUCACUAUGAUGUUAAUCAAAUUUUAAAUUUAUUUAAAGGUUUCUGUUCAUUUUUUACUAGUACGUGUACUAGUGAAUUUUUUUUUUCAUAAAUACUCCUGAAAAUAUCAUAUUCGAUGAUUACCUCGAACACAUUAUCAAUUUUGACCACGAACCAAUUGCGUGACAUAAAAAAAUCAUCACCAAA